UAUUGCAAUUUGUGAAUUUGACGAACUAGGUUUGAUGUUCGUUCGCUAUCUAUUGAUAUAAGUCUCGACUCUCGAGUCUUAUUCACCUGCAUUCAUUAGGCUUAUUUCAAUAAUUACGAUAAACCAGUAAAUUGCAGGUGAUAACGCAGAUAAACGGAUUUAUCGUGUGAAUAUGAGGUGAUAGCAGUUGAAAAUAGUUUCUCGUGCCUACGUACUUCCUACAAUGAUUAAAGUUUUGGGGCAAGGCUCUUCUGUAUUUUAUGUAAAUUAGCAUGGAUAAGUGUGGUGUGACGUAUCUGCGGUUAAGUGUCUUAUUGUGCGAUAUUUUACUAGUGCAGUCUUGUUAUUGUACUUGCUAGUUGUGAACGUCUACCCAAAGUAAAUAAACUUGAUGGCACAGUGUGUUUAAUUCAUACAUAACGAUGCCUCCAAGACCACCACCGCCGCCUGGGCCUCCGCCGCCUCCAGGGCCUCCGCCUCCAAUCUUUGGAGGAUCAAAAGGAGGUCCUGAUGAUCGGAGUGCGUUACUUAGUUCGAUUAGACAAGGAGCAAAGUUGAAAAAGACAGUCACAGUGGAUAAAAGUGGACCCUAUAUUCCGGGCAAAGUGGCGAAUGCGUCCAGUAGUAGUUCUCCAGUGGGGAAUGGUGUGAGGGGUGGUGGCUUGCCAAAUGGAGGUGCUAUGCCUGCUUUGGGCGGACUUUUUGCUGGUGGUAUGCCUAAGUUGAGGCCUACAGGGAAAGGACCUAGUAUUGGAAGCACAACACCAAAUGGCCAAGUCAAGUCGGAGAGCGGUGGUUCGUCGCCGCGGUUUCCGCAACCCCAGAAAUCGCCAGAAAAAUCUAGAUCUUUCGGCUCCUCCGGUGGGAACUUAAUGGCUGCGUUGUCUGAAGCGAUCGCGUCCAGGGAAUCGCCGAGGGACACGAGGGAUUCGCCCAGGGAUCCUCCGCCGGCCAGGCCUGUAGUCAGGAGGCAGCCAAGUGAGGUCCGCGCUAGAGGACCACCUCCCGAACCGCCGGUGCCUAAGACUCCUAUGCCUUUGAGUUCAUCAGAUUCUGUACUGACCACGGGCUCUGUGACGGAGCGCGUGAUCUCGCAGACGUCGGAACAAACGCUGCCCACCCACGUGGCGAGCACUCUGCACAGGAACAGGAGCUCGCUGCACUCCGGAUCGCAGACGUCGCUCGGUGGUUCGAUGACGUCACUAACAUCAGCCCCUCCCACCCCGGCGCCCGCGUCGUCACACUCCACCUCGGAUCUCUCGGAGAGGCCUCGCGUGAGCCACGGCAAGCCGAACCUGGCGCCGAAGCCGCCUACCCUUGCGCCAGCGCCGGAUAGGCCUUCGCCCCCGCCCAAAAAGCUGGUGGUGAAUGGGAAACUGGCCGCCAGGGCGCAGAGCAUGAGGGUGCCGAGGUCCCCGCCGGUGUCCCCGCCGUCGCCCCCGGGCGGGGCGGGCGGGGCGGGCGGGGCCGGUGGGGCGCGCCCCCCGCAGCCGCCCCCCGCGCCGCUCCACGCGCCGCCCAUCCCGGUCGGCACCAAGAACCCCGCCUCGCACUUUGGCACACUACGCGCACCGCGAGGGCUCCGCCCCCCGGGUGUGUGCCCGCCCCCUCCGCCGGGCGCGCCGCCGCCGCCGCCCGCACGCGGCGCUUCGCUCGCGCCGCCUCCGCCCCCGCAUCAUAGGCAACAUAGCGUGUCAAGCGUGUCGAGCGUCCAGGGCGCGGGGGGCGCGGGCGCGGGCGCGGCGGAGGGCGCGGCGCCCGCGCCGCCGGUGCGCGGCUCGUCGCACCGCGCCGAGUGGGAGGCGCGCUUCGCGGAGCUGUUCCGCGCGCCGCGCUCCUUCCCCGCGCCGCCGCCCUUCCUGCGCGUCGCCAAGGGCUACUGCAGCGCCGCGCCGCACGCGAGCAAGGCGCAGGCGCCGCCGCCGCCGCUGAAGGUGCCGCUGGACGGCUGGUCCGGCACCUCCAGCGCCUGCUAGCGAGCGCCGGGGGCGCGGGCCCCCGCGCGCCUCGCGCCCGAGGCGCACCCCGCGCACGCGCUGCUCGCCGCCGCGCACGCGCUGC